UUCCUCUACCUCCCCGAAGGAGACCGCAGGAACACAAUACACCAGAAAACAAGAUAUGGAGAUUUCCCCAGACAGCAAUAAUCGGGAUACUGGCAAUGACCUGGAUGAAAAGCCAAGAGAAUCUCCGGGAUCUGAAACAUUCAGUUAUCCCUCCGGCCUGAAAUUGGGGUUCAUCUUUGUGGCUCUAUGCUUGACGGUCUUCUUGGUCGCAUUGGUUUGUGUUCCAAUUGUCCCUGCGGGUGUUGGAUCCGCUGAUGAUACAAGAGCAAUAGCUAAUGACGUGGAAGAUAUUGGAUGGUACGGUAGUGCUUUUCUGCUCACGACUUGCAGCUUCCAACUCUUCUUCGGCAAGCUUUAUUCCUUAUUAUCUAUCAAGUGGACUUUCGUUGCUGCCAUAAUAAUCUUUGAGAUCGGUUCGGCCAUUUGCGGCGCCAGCCCCAAUUCCGUUGACCACAUUAUCGGUCGAGUUGUUGCCGGUAUUGGAGGCGCGGGCAUCUUUUUUAGCGCACUGAUAAUCAUCCCUAAGUCAGUACCUUUAUCGAAGCGACCGGCAUUCACGGGGAUAAUAGGAGCUGUGUGGGGCAUUGCGAGUGUGGUUGGUCCAUUACUAGGAGGCGCGUUUACGAGUGAGUUCUUGCCUGUCUGGGCCUAUCAUGUCAUACGGUCAUGUCUCUUGGUGCUGGUGCUUCUACAGUACGAUAUUCCUAGCUUCCAUCAAUCUCCCCAUCGGUGCCAUAGCCCUCCCCUUUAUCAUUAUUUUUCUCCCCUCGGAAGGACCACAAAUGCAGCCGAAACAGAAAGGCUGAGCUGUCUUGAGACAGAAGGAAGCCAGUAUCAGUGGAGUGACGGCCGUAUGAUUGCUUUGUUGACUGUCUUCAGCGUUCUUCUUAUUGCUUGGGUGGUAGUGCAACGGAGGGGAGAUGACCAUGCCACAGUCCCGCUCCGUAUCUUACGGCAACGAACUGUUGCGUGCUCCACUUUCUAUAUCUUCUUUGGGAGCGCAUCAUUUAUUCUGCUCAUUUACUAUCUGCCGAUCUGGUUCCAGGCUAUUAAAAAGGACUCUGCAAACCAAUCAGGGAUUCAUAGCCUGCAAACGGUGUUAAGCGUUGGAUCGUCAGUGGUAUUUGCCAUCGUGGGUGGACUAGGCGUCACGUUUGUGGGAUAUUACGCCCUAUUCAUGAUAGCAGGGUCAAUGAUAAUGGCGAUUGGUGCGGGUUUGUUUUCUCUUGUUUAG